AUGGAGCGCUGGGACUCGCUGGGAUUUUUGAUUGUCACACUUAACUAUAAUGUGACUGUUGUAGGAAAGAUCUGGCUAAUGUUAAUAAUUCUGCUGCGAAUGGCAGUGGUAGUGUUGGCAGGCUAUCCCCUCUACCAAGAUGAGCAGGAGCGCUUUGUCUGCAACACCUUGCAACCAGGAUGCUCCAACGUUUGCUAUGACUUGUUCUCUCCCGUAUCUCACUUCAGAUUCUGGCUCAUUCAGACUGUGUCCAUCCUACUACCUUAUGCUGCAUUCAGCAUUUAUGUUUUGCACAAGGUAGCUAUGUACCUUGUAAGAAUGCACUGUCUGGUGCAUGGAUGCAAAGGAAAUAAGAGUUUAUCAAGCCCCAAAGACAUGAAGGAGCUCUGUAGAAAUGCUGUUGUCAAUAGAGUAGAGUGUGAUGAAGAGAACCUAAGUGUCCUUAAUUUUUCUGGGGCAUAUACUGUUCAUCUCUGUUUUAGGACCCUACUUGAGGCUGCCUUUGCAGCUGCGCAGUAUUUUCUUUUUGGAUUCUUUGUUCCUGAGCGCUUUUCCUGCUACCAUUCACCUUGCACAAGCACAGUUGACUGUUAUAUCUCCCGGCCCACUGAGAAAUCCAUCAUGAUGAUUUUCAUCUGGGGAGUCAGCAGCCUGUCCUUUGUGCUCAGCCUUGCAGAUCUUGUCUGUGCUCUCCGGAGAAUGACAGCAAGAAGCCAAAAGAACAAGCUGCUGGCAAACCUCUGCAUAGAGAAGGAGUGCAUUUUAAAUCUUCCCCCACUACAGCACAGCAGCUCUUCUCCACCUCAAAAUGAAGACUGCCCAGUAUCAAAUAGCUGCCAGACCAGUGAUGGCUGCUGCUCACUUCUCUCUGAUGAGGAAGAAGAGGCUGUUCUUCAUUCUGAAGCUGUCCCUCAGCAAACUGCCAGCCCUAACCUUAACAGCACCAGCAACAAGUGCUGUGUAUCAGGAGAUCUUGCUGUUAAGCAAGAUAGCACUGAAGAACCCUUGUGUGCUAGUGACCAGCAAGGAACUACAUGCAGGCAAGUGAGACCGAGAUUUCAGCAAGACUUCGUUGAAGAGACUGCCCUGGUUUUGAGACCUCAGAUCAACUGUCACCUUGGAGUUUCUUCCUCUGCAGUUCAGAGCAACAUUUUAGAAUUCUACCCUUCAGCUGAGCUAAAAAACCUUGAUGCACAAUCAAAUUAUAGCAAUACUAGUUGCUUGAGGUCAAAGAAGUCAGAAUGGGUAUAGAGCCCAGAGUGAACACUACCCUGUGACCUUCACAAAUCAUUGCAUCACUGAGGAGGCUUCAGGGAGUUUCAGCUGAAUCCCCUGGCUGUGGUUAUGCUGCAGCGAUACUCUACUAUGCUCCAUUGACAAAGAAGCAAAAACUUUGGA